UAAGACUGGGGUGUGGAGUGUGUGAUUCGCGGAUAACGCCUUGGUUCUAUGAAACAUACAUCCUACGAUCGAUACAGUAGGCCUUACAGUUAGUGAAGGGCAGAGGCACAGAACUGAAACAGCGGGGCGUUAGGAGCGGGACAUUCCACAAACAUGUGCAAUUUUCUUUGUUUGUUUGUGCUGGUUUGUUUAAUUGGACUUAAUGCAGCCUGGGUUGGACGACCGGACCAGAAAACAAUUGCCUGGGCACCAUCUCGGAGAAGUAUCUAUUGUGUAAAAACAGGACAAGAAUGUCUCCAGACAAGUCAGUGUUGUAGCCCGGGAGACGUGUGUCUGACCAGCACAAAAUAUACCAAAUAUGGAGGUAAGAAGUACACGGCCAGCACCUGCCGAAAUGUCAAAGAGCUGUCCAGGCAUAUGCCACCUUACAAGAAGGCAGGUCAGCAAUGCAAGGACAGCCUCGAGUGUCUUGACCUUUGCUGCCGUGAGGUCAGAGGUCACAGGUACGGCGUGUUCCACGUGUGCGGGAAACCGGAAGACCGGUAUAUGUCCUACAGGUGCAGGACAAACGUGGACGUGCGCAGUGAGAACGAGGUCAUCGACACUUACGGUGGCUACAACAAAAUAGAUCCCUGGGCUUAAAGUCAGCCCUGUUCUGAAGUGGAUGAAUCCUACCUAUAUAUUUGGGUGCCCUGGUGAUAAUGGUCAUGACUCUAUACAUAACACUCUGUAUUCGUUCAUUUUAUAUGAACAUAAAAUAAAAGAUCGAUUGACCAAAUGCUGUUAUUAAGGCUGGUUUCGUGUCAAGAUGUUGGCGAAAGAAAUAUCUAAUUGUUUUCGUUCGCCAUUGAAAUUAUGUAACUCUGGACAUUUUAACGAUUUAACCGUGGCUUUAACAAAGUUUACUUCAAGAAAACAAGCUGCCAUUUGAAGGUUUGGUUACUGCAAAGGUUGUACCAUGAUAUCUUGUAUAGAGGCGCCCUAUAUACGUACGAGAGUGUUCUAUCGAAUGUUAAUGUAUAUUGUGAUGAAUAUUUCAUGAAAGUUUUUAUUUCUUCUCUAUAUUUCACUUUGUAUUCUCUAUCAGUGUUUCAAUUUUAAUAAUCUGGAUUUGAAUAACGUUUUCUGUAAGGAAUCAAUGAAGGGGAGCUAACUGAUGUUGACGUAGACUACAGCGACCAUGUUCGCUUCAUCCAUUAUGUGAAACUGACUCUUAAAAUUUUAUGCAAUACAUGGCGAUUGCCUA